AUGGAUAAGAUAUUUCGAUCAGCGAGCAAGGUGCUCAUCUGGUUAGGAUGUGAGCCUACUAUGGUCGAAGCUGCGCGACAGGUGCGGUAUGGCGAUGGCGACACUAGUAAUGCUGUCGCGACAUUGUUGCAUCACCCAUACUUCUCAAGGGUCUGGAUUGUCCAGGAAGUUGCGCUCGCACGCAAAAAGGUUAUUGUAUGUGGGGACGUGCAGCUCGAAUGGAGUGACUUGCUUGAUGCUGUAGCAAAGCACUUCGACGUCUUGGACCGCAUACCAGCAGUGGUCCAUGAAAAAGAACACUACAGAACGCUGGAGAUGUGUUUGUACAAGUACUGUUGGAACGACUGUCACGACCCGCGGGACAAGUUGUACGGUCUACUUGGUCUGAGUGCUGAAAGGUGGCGCAUCAACGUCGACUACAACAAGCCACUACUGGAGGUAUAUCUGGACGCUAUCUGCGCGGUCUGCGAAGAGCUAUUCGACAUCCUGGACCCGGACUGUUUCUACGAUAGAUAUAUUGAGUACCCCGUCAACCUCGAAAACUAUCGCACAACACUCCUUGCUUUGGGUGUAGCGAUGGGUUUUCCUAAGAAUCAGCUCAUGGGCCUAGGACCUUUCAUCGAAGCAAUCCAAGCAGUGUACCACAGCACGUAUUUACGAAACAUCUCGUUCAUUUUCACUGGGCUCCUCCAUUCGAAGGAACGAGAGCAAGACUGUGCGUAUGAUGUGACACACCCGAAAGCAAACAUUACAGUCCGUUGGGGCUCGAUUGUUGCAACCCGGCGAAAUCCUUUCGUGCGCGACGUCAUCCCUCGGAUGGGCCUACAAAUAGCCUCAGCUUCAUCGCAGGACGACGUGCAUGGCGAAAAUGAUGAUGAAGGACCAGCCUGGGAUCGAUGGUGGUUCGAGCACAACGGUAGGACGCAAUACUUCGUCUGCCCACACACAGACGAGGUUGCGCUGUCUAGACCGGCAGACUCUUGA